AAGUACUGGCUCGACGACCUCGUCGCCUGCGUCUACAAUCCGCUGAAGUUCAUCAAGGACAACCAGGUCAUCGAGUCCGACGUCUCUCGCGCCAUCUUCAUCGGCCUGCAGUUCUGUUUCACGAAGAAGGCUGUGCAGCAGGCCGCGAUUUACACAAAGUGGAAGCCGCUGCGCAAGGACCUCCGCGAAAUGAUCAUCCGCUCUCACGGGGUGGCGCUUCGGCCCGCGGAGAUGCCUGGCGAGCCGCUCGGAAAGUUGGCGACCUCUGAUGAGAUUACCAAGAAGGUCUUGGAGCUCUUGCACGAGAACGGCGACGGCGAGGACAACCCGGGCAACGAGGCCAUCGCCGAGGAGAUCUCGAAGCUGUCCAUGAGCGCUCCCGCCAUCGGCGUGCUGAAGAGGAUGGCUGAGGACCAAACGUUUGUCAAAGCGUUCCUGUCUUUCCUCUCGCAGAACCUGUCGUCGCUCACCCCGUGCGGGCUGCAGCCUGCUUGCCGAGAGCUGUCUGACAAGACCGCAGUUGCAGUUGCAUGCGCGUUGCGCGGGGGCAUCGCUGAUGACGCCGCGAAGGUGAGGAUCGUGUGCGACGCGAUCGCUGUUGAGUUGUUCAAGGCCGUUCCCACGCGCUGGAUUGAGUUCGCUUCCCACGUCCAGGGCGCGCUGGACUCCAAGAGCUUCCAGAAUGAGCCGGAGGAUAAGACGUCUGUCCUGUCGUUCAAGGUGUUCAGGUCCAAGUCGGAUGUUUCGAGGGCGCUUACUCUGCGGACAUUGUACUUCCGGCACUGCGCCGCCCCGUGGAUCCAGGGCGUCGAGAAGAUCACGACGGACGAUUACUCGCAUGUAUUGAUGUGGAUCUACGCGGCCCAAGCAGACGUGGCCUCGUUCGUCGAGUCCAGCUGCGGCGACUACUGCUCGGCUGAGCUGUUCUCCGAUCGCUUCCAGCAACUGAUCAAUUGCUCCAUCGUCACCGACUCCGACGGCAAGCGUCGCGGCCUCGACUGCGAGGAGAUGAAGGCGGCCAUGGGCGAGUUGCGGGAGAAGAAUGAGCAGGCGAGCGAUGCGGCGGCGGCGGCGGCAGAGGGGCCCUCCGACGAGGUGGUGGCCUCCGAGGCGCCGAAGCAGGCUGUGGAGCAGACGGCGAGAUCGCUCGAGACGUCGGAGCGGUUGAUGGACCUGCCUUCCAUCCGCGCGAUGUUCUCGGUGGCCCCAGAUGGGAAUCAAACUGGGAGAGAGCUCGAGGUGCCCGCGAUGGCCAUUGGGACCCUCGUCCUGAACUUGGAGUCGAAGUUGUUCGACUGCGCUUUCCACGGCACGGCCCCGACUCUGCUGAGCCCAGACAAUUACGACGGCGGGAGCGGCAAUCUCAAGGGGUCCCCGUUCUCCGGUGAACCUGGCCUUUCCUGGGCCAAGGGCUCCAAAAGCGUGACGCCGAGCAUCGCUCUCAACAUGGUCGGGCACGUGUCGUGCGCGCCAGCUGUGGGCGCAUGCAUGGCAUGCGCGUUCGGGGGCGAGAACGGCGACCAGAAUGAGAUCUUCUGCAAUCCUACUGGCACAGAUUUCUCUACGCCUGAGUUCGUGCCAGCCUGGCUAGCGCACGUCAUCGACGAGGAGGAGGAAGGCGUCGGCGGCGGCGGCAAUGACAAGUACUACGGCGAUCUCAAGAUGACGUGCGAGGAGAAGAAGUUCCCGUGCGCUCACCGCUACAGCGUGUUCGCCGAGGAGAAGGUCAUCCAGCUCGAUGCGACCGCGAUCCAGCUCGCGCUGCCCUGCGACGAGAAGGUCGCCAAGAUGAUCAAUGCGGCGCCCGCGGGGUCGCGAUUCCGUCUGGUCCGGGGGCCGAUUGCGAAGCGGGUGUCCGUCAAGCCGAGGAGGAAAGGCAAGGGCGCCACCAGGGGCAAGGGCUCGGGCAAGAGCUCGGGCUCAUCGUCAUCGGGCCCGGGCCCGUCGGUGCCGUCGGUCCCUGCGGAGGCUCGGCACCUCGUCCAGUGA